AUGAUACCAGGAUGUAAAGGUGGUGAUAAAAAGAAAACUGGUAAUGAUCCAAAGAUCAAAAAUGCUAGAUCAAAUGAUGUAAGUAAUAAAAAUAAAAAGGGACCUAAGAAAACAACAGAAAAAACUGAUAAAGGUAAAAAGGAUGCCAAACCAGAAGAUGAUAAGAAAGAUUUACCCAAAAAAGAAACCUCUAAAAAAGUUGACGCACCAAAAGAUGAUCCUAAAAAGGCUGUGUCAGGCAAAGAAGCAGGAAAGGGAGAUAAAAAACCAGCUGACGGUGAAAAGAAAGAUGGAGAAGGUGACAAAAAAGAUGAUGCCAAAAAAGAAGAAUCCAAAAAAGAAGGUGAUAAAAAGGAUGGUGAUAAAAAAGAUGGUGAUAAAAAAGAAGAUGAUAAGAAAGAUGGUGACAAAAAAGAAGAUGAUAAAAAAGAUGCAUCGGUCAAAGACGAUUCAAAGAACGAUGAUGAGAAAAAAGGAGACGAGAAAAAGGAUGAAAAAAAAGAUGAAAAAAAAGAUGACGAUAAAAAAGAAGAUGAUAAAAAAGAAAGUGAAAAGAAGGAAGGUGAUAAAAAAGAAAAUGAUGCAAAUAAUAACGAGUCUGCAAAACCAGCUUCAGAAAAUAAUGAAAUCAAACCCAGUAAAGAUAAGAUUGUUUUUGAAAAAGUACCAGGAAAAGCAGUCAUUGAAUUUGAAAAUAAAACUGAUGCUAAACGUGCUAUUAAAAUUAAAUGCUCCGACAAUAAUACAUAUAAAGUAAAUCCUGUUUUCCAAUACAUUGAACCUGGUAAAACAGUUAACGUUGAAAUCAUACGUUCCAAUGCACCAGCUAAAGUUGACAAAAUAGUUAUUCAAAGUACUCCAGCUACUCUUUCUGGAAAUGAACCACAAAAUGAAUUUAAGAAGAAUGAAAAGUAUCCAAUGUGUGUUGUACCACUUUCAGUGGCUAGUUAA